AUGUCAUCUACUACGAAAUUAAGGAAACUAGCGAGAAAACUCGAAUGUCCCGUCGAUGAAGAUGGGGGAUAUACCAAUGAUCGAUGGACCAACCGGGAUUUGAUUCCUAUCCCACCUGAUAGGCGGACCUAUAAAAUCUGGAGUUUUUGUAUCUAUUGGUUCGUUUCUGGAGCAUGUAUCAGUGCAUAUUCCACUGGAUCGUCACUCCUCGCCUAUGGACUCACAGCUCAACAGUCCAUGGCUUGCGUGGUGAUUGGUGCGGUCAUUACCGGGCUUCUAUCGGUAGUCUCUGGUUUCCCAGGUGAAAUCCAUCAUAUCGGAUUUACCGUUGUUAGUCGAAUGAGUUGGGGUAUGAAAGGGAGUUAUUUCCCUGUCUGCUUAAGAGUAUUCACUUCGGUAUGGUGGUUCGGUAUUCAAAGUUACUGGGGUGGUCAAGCCGUCAAUCUGAUGCUCGGAGCGAUGUCACCAAGUUGGAAACAUCAACCCAACAAGUUUUCUGCCUCUUCCAAUAUAACGCAUCAAGAUUUCCUUGGUGUAGUUUUAUGGUAUCUCGCCUAUAUCCCUUUGGUUUUAGUACCACCCGAAAGACUUCAAAGACCAUUCGUACUUUCUUCAGCGGCAUUCGGAGCUACCUUAAUUGGUCUUUUGGCCUGGGCCGUACCUAAUGCUGGAGGCGGUGGACCAUUGUUCAAAACUGUUAAUACAGCUUCGUCUACACCUUACUCCAUGAUGUUGGGUAUCACUUCUAUCCUUGGUUCUUGGGGUUCAGGAACGAUCGGUCAAAGUGAUUGGGUACGAUACUCUGAAAGAAGAUAUUAUCCAAUGUUAUCUCAACUUUUCGCUGCACCAUUGAUGAUCACCCUCUGUGCUUUGGUCGGAGUGGUGGUAACCUCAGCGUCAUCCUCGAUCUUGGGCGAGAUCAUCUGGUCACCUAUCGAAUUGUUAAGUGCGAUUCAAGAUCACUACAAUUCCACUCCUGGUGUGAGAGCCGCGGUAUUCUUUGCUGGUUUGGGAUGUACUUGCGCUCAAUUAUCGAUCAACGUCUUGUUGAACUCUGUAUCAACUGGAAUGGAUAUGGCUGGAUUAUGGCCCAAGUACCUGAAUAUCCGACGAGGUGCCUAUCUUCUCGCUGCUAUCGGUAUCGCGUCCAACCCUUGGCAAAUCUUAGCUUCAGCCGCUACUUUCCUGUCAGUCAUCAGUGGUUUAGGAGUAUUCAUCGCUCCUAUGACUGGUAUAAUGUUAGCAGAUUACAUUGUUCUUCGACGAUGCCACGUCAAGAUCGAAGACCUCUACAACGGCAGUCCAUCUUCCAUCUACUGGUUCAAGAAUGGAUUCCACUGGAGGGCAAUCGUAGCGUUCAUCAUGGGAGCUUGGCCAUUCUGUCCAGGUUUCAUCAUGAUCCUCAUUGAUCCUACUGCAACCAACGCUUGGGUUAAGCUGUUCAAUAUCUCUUUCUUGGUUGGUUUGGCCAUUGGAUUCUUUGUCUAUCUGGGUAUCUGUUUGGUUUCUCCUAUACCGCAUCAAAAGGAGGGUCUCAAUUAUCUUGACGACGAAAGAUUCUGCAAGAACGUUUCGGGAGAACCAUCCACUCCUGCUGUCGACGAGAAUGAGAGUGAGGAUAAAGAUAGGGAUAUCAAAGGAAUCGAGACUAACGCUCUGGUCAGAGAGGUGUAA